CCGAGGCCCGUUUUCUUACCUGCUUGUCGAGCAUCUCCGUGGUUCAAGAUGUCCACCUCCCUUCCUGGCAACCGGGACCUCCCAUCAUCCCAGUAUGAUCUAUCCACAUACUGGGGUCGCGUGCGCCAUGCGGCUGAUCUUUCCGAUCCGCGGAUGAUGUUCGUCUCUUCUGCUGGACUGGACAAGGCCAAACAGUUGGUUUCUGCUUACAAGCAGAACCAUGUCCCUGCCAUGACGUCCGAACUAUGGCACGCUAAGAAGGUGGUUGACUCGACAUUGCACCCCGACACCGGCGAGCCGGUCUUCCUCCCCUUCCGCAUGUCCAGCUAUGUCCUGUCCAACUUGGUCGUCACUGCGGGUAUGCUUACGCCCGGUCUUCAGACCACCGGAACCCUUCUCUGGCAAAUCGCCAACCAGUCCCUUAAUGUUGCCAUCAACAACGCCAAUGCCAACAAAUCGACUCCACUUUCUUAUUCCCAGAUGGCCAAAUCCUACCUCAUGGCCGUUUCCGCAUCCUGCUCCGUCGCUCUCGGUCUCAACGCCCUCGUUCCCCGUCUCAAGGGCGUCUCCCCUAACACCAAGCUCCUUCUUGGUCGUCUGGUCCCAUUCGCAGCUGUCUCCAGUGCCAGUGCGCUGAACGUCUUCCUCAUGAGAGGCGAGGAGAUUCGCCAGGGUAUCGAUGUGUACCCUGUCUUGUCUGAGGCCGAAAAGAAGAAGCGGGAGGAGACCGGCGAGCCUGUGCAGAGCUUGGGUAAGAGUAAGAAGGCCGCAACGAUUGCGGUCGGAGAGACGGCUAUCAGUCGGGUGCUGAACGCCACUCCGAUCAUGGUUGUGCCGCCAUUGGUGCUGGUUAAGUUGGAGAAGACCGCGUGGCUGCAGGCGAGGCCAAAGAUGGUGCUGCCGAUCAAUCUGGCAUUGAUCCUGGGUACCUCUUUGUUCGCAUUGCCACUGGCGCUGGGUGCAUUCCCUCAGCGACAGUCGAUCAGUGCCAAGAACCUGGAAGAGGAGUUUUGGGGCCAGGGAGGCCAGGAUGGGAUGGUGGAGUUCAACCGCGGAAUGUAA